AUGAUCAAGACUGGUGUAACCAUCAAGUCUAAUGCAACCGUCAAGUUUGGUGUAGCCGCCAAGUCUAGUGUAACCAUCAAGUCUGGUGUAACCGUCAAGUCUGGUGUAAUCAUCAAGUCUGGUGUAACCGUCAAGUGUGGUGUAACCGUCAAUUGUGGUGUAACCAUCAAGUCUGAGGUAACCGUCAAGUGUGGUGUAACCGUCAAGUGUGGUGUAACCGUCAAGUCUGGUGAAAUCAUCAAGUCUGGUUCUGGUGUAACUGUCAAGUCUGGUGUAACCGUCAAGUCUGGUGCAACCGUCAAGUCUGGUGCAACCAUCAAGUCUGGUGUAACCAUCAAGUCUGGUUCAACAGUCAAGUCUGGUGCAACUGUCGAGUCUGGUGUAAUCAUCAAGUCUGGUGCAACCAUCAAGUCUGGUGCAACCGUCAAGUCUGGUGCAACCGUCAAGUCUGAUAUAAUCAUCAAGUCUGGUGUAACCAUCAAGUCUGGUGUAACCGUCAAGUGUGUUGUAACUGUCAAGUGUGGUGUAACCGUCAAGUCUGGUGUAACCGUCAAGUCUGGUGCAACCGUCAAGUCUGGUGUAACCGUCAAGUCUGGUGUAAUCAUCAAGUCUGGUGUAACCGUCAAGUCUGGUGUAAUCAUCAAGUCUGGUGUAAUCAUCAAGUCUGGUGUAACCGUAAAGUCUGGUGUAAUCAUCAAGUCUGGUGUAACCGUAAAGUCUGGUGUAAUCAUCAAGUCUGGUCUAAUCAUCAAGUCUGGUGUAACCGUAAAGUCUGGUGUAACCGUCAAGUCUGGUGUAACCGUCAAGUCUGGUGUAAUCAUCAAGUCUGGUGUAAUCAUCAAGUCUGGUGCAACCGUCAAGUGUGGUGCAACCGUCAAGUGUGGUGCAACCGUCAAGUCUGGUGUAACCGUCAAGUCUGGUGUAACCGUCAAGUCUGGUGUAACCGUCAAGUCUGGUGUAACCAUCAAGUCUGGUGUAACCAUCAAGUCUGGUGUAACCGUCAAGUCUGGUGUAACCGUCAAGUCUGGUGCAACCGUCAAGUCUGGUGUAACUGUCAAGUCUGGUGUAACCGUCAAGUCUGGUGUAACUGUCAAGUCUGGUGUAACUGUCAAGUCUGGUGUAACUGUCAAGUCUGGUGUAACCAUCAAGUCUGGUGUAAUCAUCAAGUCUGGUGCAACCGUCAAGUCUGGUGUAAUCAUCAAGUCUGGUGCAACCGUCAAGUCUGGUGUAAUCAUCAAGUCUGGUGUAAUCAUCAAGUCUGGUGUAAUCAUCAAGUCUGGUGCAUUGUCGUUCAGACUGAGGAGUGGGUAG